CCGCUCCUUCCAUCCCUCCUUCCCUCCCGGGAAGUGCUUGCCCGGAAUGCGCGUCCGGGGCUUCGCUGACUAGUUUGAAGGGUGGCGGGCCUGGGGAACAGCUGAUGAGGGCAAAUACAGAUUUCUAGACCCAACUACGGCUUAUAUACAGAUAUAUAUAUAAAACAUACAUGAUUACGUGUAUCCGUAAAAGGAUAUUUAUGCUGACCUCACAAUGAGAAAUGAGCCCGUUCCUGCUUGCAAAGGCAAGCGACAUUCCUGUGCUAGCUGUGACUUCUCGGUCAGACCUGGGCAGAGUGAGAAGGCUAAGCCUGACCCACCCGAAAGAACAGACCGGCCCGGUGGUCCCCGGGCUCUGCACCAAGCUGCUCACUUGAAAGAAGAGACCGUCCCCAGGCCCUGCCGUGGCUCCUGCAGCAGCACGUUGGAUCCCCAGGAGGAAUGUUGUACAGAGAAAUCAGUGCUUGCCCAGCCAACAUUUGUUUUUGAAAAGAAGGAUCGUCUUUUGAAGCGUCCUGCAGAAGACCCAGUUUGCAAAGCUGAAAAUGAUUUCACUAGUUGUUCCAGAAAACGUGCAAGAUCAUCAUCUUUUACUUUCCAAAAGUCUGGCACUCAGCCUAACAUUGAUACAGCUCUCACACAGAAAAGAGGGAGAUCAUCUUCCUUUACCAUCCCUCCUACCUUCCCUCCCUCCCAGACAGUAAAGAAGAAUAACAUAUUCAUGACUGCAGCUCUUCUUCGAAGAAACCCUGACUUCAUAAAAAGUACAAAAGAAGGAUCCUUGUCACCAAGUCAAUUGCGGAAUGUCAUUAGACCUGCCAUUUUACAACCCCCACAAGCCAUGACCUGUCCUGAAAAUCCUGUAGUAUCUCUAGUGACUAAGAAAGAAGCAUGUGUUCAGCUAUCUGAAGACAGCUCUUAUUCCUCAGCUGAGUAUUCAGCAAGUUCCAAAACAGCAGCGAGGUCAUCUACUACCAGAAAUCUUUCUAACUCUCAAACACCACAAAGUCAGUUGCUUGAAGAAAGAAGUGUAAAAACCAGCAGCAGUUCUGAUUUUGUGUUUGGGGAAAACAUGGUCGAAAGAGUUUUGAGUCCUGGGAAGCACCCCAAGCUGUGUAAUGAAGCUGAUUUAUACAAAGGAGAAAUAACAUCCAUGUACAUAGGAUCUUCUUAUGUUAGUCCACAAACAAAAAGAGCUUUGUUGAGAAAUGCAACACUAAUUGAAUCAGCAGCUGCUUUUAUUUCCAAGCCAAUGGAGAAAAUCCUGUUAGAUAAAGUUGAAGUUAUAACUGGAGAAGAAGCAGAACACAAUGUAUUGCAGAUCAACUGCAAACUCUUUGUAUUUAAUAAGCUUUCUUUAACCUGGACUGAAAGAGGCAGGGGAUCCCUGAGGCUUAAUGACACUUCAAGCAGCAAACAUGGAAUGUUGCAGUCAAGGCUAAUUAUGCGAAAUCAAGGCAGCUUGAGACUGAUUCUCAACACCCGACUCUGGGAACAAAUGGUUAUAAAAAGAGCAAACAGAAAAAGCCUGUGCUUCACUGCAACAGACCAAGAGGACCACUCUGUUCAAGUGUUUCUAACUCAGGCAGGCUCAAAAGAUACUGAAGACCUGUAUGCAGCAAUACAUCAUCGCCUUGUGGCAUUGAGAAGCUUUGCUGAGCAAGAGCCAGAUGCUAAUCAAGCAGAUGCAGAGUCAGAAAUAGCUUUUCAGCCAUUAAAUUGUGAUAGUGAUGAUGAAGAUGAUGAAAAAAUAAAUCCAGUGAGCAGCAGUGGAUCUGAUCAUUCUAGAUGGAACCGCAGGCAGCCCGUUGUCUGCUCAUGACAUCUCCCAGAGGUUACAACAGCUCAGUUGGGAAUUCAUCUUCCCAUGAUGUCUAAGCUGACUCAUCAGCCCCUGGAGGGAGGAACUCAGAUGUGUUCUACUUUAUGGCUUUUAAGUAAGGAUUAAUUUUAGGCACAGCUUAAGUUAACAUAUUAAGAAGGAACUUGAGAUGCACUAUUGGGGAUUAUAAACAGCCUGCUUUGCACUGGGAUGUGAAUGGCUUCCAGUAGUCAAGAACAGUUAUAAAUACUUCUGAUUUUAGAAUUAAAUAUAUUUAGAUGCAUUAUUAGAGUAAGGAAUUUUAUAGGGAAUAAAUGUUUAUUCAUCAUAUUG